AUGGCCGUUUCGAAACUUCUAUUCGUCCUGGUGAUCAUUUUCGGCUCCAGCUCCUGGAUGGGCACAAAUUCAGUAUGGGUGCAGCUUCCACUUCUUACACAAGAUCUACCUGAAGGAUGGGGACUACCAAGUUUCCUUGCUGCUGUUGUUCAGAUUGCGUGCAUUGGUCCUCUUGUCUACACUAUUCUGCACAAAUGCUGUCAUUCCGUAUCCGUACCAAGAGUGCCGCUUAUAACUGCAUUCCUCGUAUUGGCUUGUUUUUGUCAACUUAGUCUUGCUUUUGCGUGGUGGUGGACGGUACCGUUUGGAAGUCGGGAGUAUUCCGUCGCUCUCUACUUGUUACUACUAGGAUUAGCUCUCGUCAAUGCCACUUCCAACGUACUAUUCAUGCCUUUCAUGGCACAGUUUCACCAUGCUUACCUCAAUGCCUACUUUGUAGGCAUGGGUUUUAGCUCACUCGUUCCUAGUAUUUUGACUCUCCUUCAAGGUGUUGGAAAGUAUGAAUGCGAAGGUGCUGUACCACGUUACUUCCCACCACAAUUCAGCUCUUCUUUCUUCUUCUUUGUUAUUUUUUGUUGGACCACAGCAGCAACGGUUUCCUUCGUGAUCCUAUCAAGAAGAGACGAAAAAGAUGAGCGAAAAAACAUCGCGCUGAAAAACGCAAGCAAUGGUGCACAUGAAGCCACUCCACUGAGAUCAAAUUCAAAAUCGGCAGAGGGUGUUCGACUUACGGGAGAAGUAAAAGAAGAUGGUUCAGAUGUAGUCGUGAAAGAGCCAGCAUCAGAUCCAUCGAGCAUCAGAGGAGGCUCCUACAUUGUGGUUCUCAUGGCCACCGCAUUAGUGAACGCACAAAUGAAUGGUGUUAUUCCAAGCGUGCAAUGCUACGCAGCUCUUCCUUACUCUCAGGUAAUGUUUCACUAUCUGAUAUCUGCAUUGCGAUGCUGGUACGACUUUUAA